AUGGCUUCGUCUAUGCUCCUUCGCUCAACGCUGCCUAGAACCUUUGCCUCCGCGACUGGACGUAAUGUCUUGCGAUCUGCAUUGCAAGUGAGAGCAAGUUCGACUGCUCAAUAUGUUCCAGGUGGACCUAUCAUUAAGGGCACAGUCAACGACCCUGUCGAGUUCCCUCACCCAUCAAAGGUGCAUGGCUCGUAUCACUGGGCAUUCGAGCGACUUCUUGCGGCCUCCCUCGUUCCCAUGACCGCAGCAGCUUUUGUGACCUCCGGGUCAUCUUACCCAGUCCUCGACGGAUUGCUUGGCCUCAGCUUAGUGAUGCACUCUCAUAUCGGGUUCGACUCAAUGGUUGUGGACUACGUGCACAAACGCAAAUUCCCUAUCAUUGGCCCUAUCCUGACCUGGACACUGAGAACCGCGACGGUUGGUGUGCUUGUCGGCGUUUAUCAGUUCAAUACAAAUGAUAUUGGUUUGACGGAGUUGAUUGCGAAGGUCUGGACAGCGUGA